AUGAGGUGGCGGGGUAGGAUCAAAAUCGACAACACUACGUUGAAAAUGUACGAGUGGAUGGGGGACAGUGGCGACUGGGUUAAGGGUGUGGUCUCAAACGUGCAGUUGACCCCCACGCGGACCAUCUUCACGGUGACCACAGGGAGCAUCCGGCUGAAUGUCACCUUCCUCUCUCCCAUCGAGCCCGACGAUCUCGUCAAGCAGUCGAUACCAUUCACCUACCUCUCUGUGGACGUUAUGUCGAUCGACGGGGCUCCGCACGAUGUCCAAAUCUGGAGCGACAUCGUUCCCAUGGACUGGCUGACGAACACCUCCAAGACUAACGCGUACUGGAUAGAGCGUGAUACGACGUCCAGCAAGUACGAGAAGAUGGUCCUCAAGCUUCCCCCGAUUAACGUGGAGGCCAACAACCAUACUCUUGACGGAGUCAUCUAUCAUGCGACAAAGCUGGAUGAAUCUACGUCAUUCGAGAUGGACGUUUUCGACACCGUCAGGCAGCAGUUCCAGGUUAACGGUGUCUUAACAAACGCCAACAGCGACGCUUCAGCAGCCGUCCCAGCGUACGUGCUCUCUGGUCACCCCUCCAACGAAUCGCUGAACAGCGACUACACGCUCAGGGAUGACUAUGUGUUCGCAUUCUCCAAAGAGAUGGGCGCUGUCUCGACCACGCCUCAGACUGUCACAUGGGCAGUUGGCUACGUGCGCUCCCCGUCCAUCCUGUAUAAGACUCCUCAGGGCGUGAGACAAAACCGAGUCCCCUACUUCGAGACCGAGCACCCUUUGUUACCGACCACAUUCGAUGCAGCUACCGCGAUUGACGUUUUCAUAGCAGACUACGACAAUGCGCUCAGCCGCGCAAAAGCGCUGGAUGACAAGAUCAUGGGUGCCGCAGCGCAGGUCUCGCCCCACUACGUCGAUCUUGUCUCAUUGAGCGCACGACAGGUCUUCGCGUCUCUUGAAGUCACCGCCGGGACAGACGCGAGCGGGAACAUCGAUCCCUCGACGUCAAGAUCUUCAUGCGCGACACCGGCGCAUCACAACGCGUCAGUCCGGUCGAACGCAUCCCUACUUGAGAAUCAGCAGAAUAUAUCACAGCCAUUCGCUGCACAGCACCUAGGAAAUGUAUGGCCUCAGGCUAUAGAUCUUGGGGUAGAAGAAAAUUUGGGAGUGGAAGAAACUGGAAAUAUGCUGAUAAUGAUGUAUGCGCACGCCCGGUUCACCGGGGACUCCUCGCUGCUUUCUGGAUAUUACGAACUCUCUAACGCCUGGGCGGACUACCUUGUCGCUAACGCUCUGAAUACACCAAACCAGCAAUCGGCUGAUGGGGUGCUAGCAGAUAACCAGACGAACCUCGCCAUCAAGGGGAUCAUCGCGGUCAAGGCUUUUGCAGAGAUGAGCAGGAUGGUGGGAAACGACGACAAUGCGCAGAACCUCAUGAACCAAUGGAGGUCGCUUUCCAUUUCUGACAAUGCCAAACAUUUCCUCGGAAGAUACGGGGUGCAAAACUCGCGGUCGCUGUUGUACAACCUGUACGCAGAUCGGCUGCUCAACACGUCUGUUGUUCCGCAGUCUCUUUUGGACGGUCAAGCCGAAACAUAUGCUCGAGUCAUGCGACGCAACGGUGCACCGUUCGGAGCUCCGAUCGAUAACAACACGCAGGAUCUUACUAACGCAGGUAAAGGCGGGUCGUCGACCACUACGAACUCUACCGUCAGUACCCAGCUGAUCGACACGACAUGGCUCCGUGCGAGCUCAAACGGCUCGGUUGGAGCGUUCCCCGCGAUUUAUGAUUCAGUGGACGGAUCGGCUGCGUCGAACUCGGGCGGUGCGGGACCCAGUCUCGGCGCCAUGUUCUCGCUGCUCGCCCUCACCGGGCCCCUCAACGCCUCCCAACCCAACAACCCAGGUCGCACCAGUGUCGGAGGCCGCGGCUCCACUCGCUCCAACAUCGGCCCAAUUGUCGGCGGAGUAGUUGGUGGCCUCGCGCUCCUCGGCCUCCUCUGCACAAGCCUCUACUUCUACGCGCGACGAAACCGGAGCCAGCGCGUGAAACACGUCUCUUUUUCGGGCGAGAGCGACGUUUUGUCUGUCGAUGCAGGAAUACUCUCUACCAUCUGGACAUACAGCAACCGCGGGACCGACUCUGCGUCCUUCCCAACGAACCUGCCCACCGUGACCGGUGGUUCGUCGCGGACACGGACACAGACCGGUACUGGAACGCGCACCGGCAGCGCACCCUCGUCUGUCCCUCCGCUUCUCUCCGUCCUCUUCCCUACAUCCGACCCGGCCUCUUCCCCCGCCGCACCCUCGAGCGAGGGAUACAUCCCGUCCACGAAGGCGCUCCGCGCACGCCUUCGCCCCUCGCGCACGUCCCACCCCUUCACGCAGAGGCAUCCUCCGACGCGCCCUUGGCACCCUCUUCCCCCCGGUCCGCAUCCCCACGACGCCAUGUGUCAGGCGAGCGAGUCUGGCCUUGGGUCGCUCUCAGCGAUGACCGAGGUCGUCGACCUGCACGCCGAGGUCGUCAACCUUCGGCGGGUGAUGGAGGAGCUUAGGACGGACCGCGACGGGCCUCCGCCGGUGUACCCGGGGGAGUGUGCGGUGCCGCCGAGAAGGGUGGCGGGGGUGGAUGACAAGAGGAGGUUGGAUUGA